UUAUUUAACCCCAUCCAAUUUGGUGUAAAGUCCACACUGCUCACCCCGACCUAUCUUUGUCCCUCUGUAUUGUUUUUUUCCCUUAGCUUGUUUCGGCCUCCCGUCGUAAUGGAAAACGAGGGAAUUAAGGGAGGAGUUAUGACGACGACAUACGAGUAUGAGGAUUUGUUACCGCUAAUGGCUGAGAAGCUGGACUUGGAAGCUUUUGUGUCCGAAUUAUGUGGAGGGUUUCAUCUUCUAGCUGAUCAGAACACAGGGUUGAUAACGCCUGAGAGUCUAAGGAUGAACGCUGCACUUUUAGGCAUGGAAGGGAUGAGCAAAGAUGAAGCACAAGAUAUGAUCAGAGAAGGUGAUCUUGAUGGAGAUGGGGCACUGAACCAGACCGAAUUCUGCAUCCUGAUGGUGAGACUUAGCCCUGGAAUGAUGAACGACGCUGAGUCGUGGCUCGAGAAAGCUAUCGUUCAAGAGCUAAAGAAAUCCUCAGCUUGAUCUUUUUUAUCUUCUUUUGUUUUUUAAGGUGUGAAAUUGGAGCACUAAGAUGUUAUAUUCAUCUUAUUGUACUCCAAGGCCUGCAGACAAAUAUUUCCAUGUUUACAUUACAUGUUUUUCACAAGUAUUUUCAAGUACAAAGUCAUCCUACUGAUUAGCUAAACUGCUACAGAAGAUAAAGAAUCAAACAAAUAUUAUUUUAUCCAAA